UUAAGAUUCUAUUUCCACCUUGAUAUAUUCACUAAUGUGCCAUAUUUCAACACGACGACACGUGUUUUCACAAUUUUUUAACAAUUUUACAAAAUUUUUUCGUAAUAAUCGUAGCCAAUUUGUUUCCAAUCAUCCGGUAAACAAAAUGUUCAAAGUAUUGGCUGAAAGUAUUAUAACCGAUCGUCCAACUGAUCAAAUUGUUAUUGCAAAUGAACAAAUUAUCAAUGAUCAUACCAAAAAAUUAUUAAAAAUUCCAAAUUUUCUUGAACAAAAACAAGAAAAUGGUAUACUUAUUCGUUCGGAAAGUGAUAAAUUUGAUUAUAAAAUUUUACAACUUGAAAAUGGUAUUCGAUUAUUAUUAAUAUCCGAUCCAACAUAUCGACAAUUACCACAACAACAACUAUCUGGCAAUGAAAAUAUCGAUGAUGAAUCGGAUAAUGACAAUGCUGACGAUGAUGAUGAUGAUGAAAUGGAAAAAAUGUCAACCACAUCGAAUGAAUCGAUAAUGACUCAUGAUAAUAUUAAAAAAGCUGCAAUAGUUAUCGGUGUUAAAGUUGGUUCCGUACAAGAUCCAAAACCAGUUCAAGGUAUGGCACAUAUGUUGGAACAUCUUUUAACAAUGGGUUCGGAAAAAUAUCCUGAGGAAAAUACUAUUGAUGAUUUUUUAUCAUCAAAUGGUGGAUUUCAAAAUGCACAUACUGAUUUUGAACAUACUAUUUAUGAAAUUAGAGUUCAUCCAAAACAUCUAUCACAUGCAAUCGAUUUGAUUGGUAAUGCUUUUAUUAAACCAUUAUUACGACAAGAAUCGAUUGAAAAAGAAAUCAAACCAAUCGAUACGGAAUUUGUUCAAGCGAAAGAUGAUGAUGAUUUUCGUGUAGAAGUUUUGCUUGGACAUUUAACUGAUAAUGAUAAUCAUCCAUUCAAUAAAUUUAUGUGGGGUAAUAAAAAAUCAUUGAUUGAUGAUCCAAAAUCGAACGGUAUUGAUGCACAUGAAAUGUUAUUGAAAUUUUAUAGAAAAUUUUAUCGACCAGAAAAUAUUGUUGUUGUUGUUCAAGCACAAGAAUCAUUGGAAAAUCUUCAAACAUGGACAACAUCAUUAUUUUCGAAUGUGCCCGAUAAUACUGAUGAUAAUAAUAAUGAUGAUACGAUAAAAAUUGAAAAAUUUCAAGGAAAAUUACCAUUUCAAUUUGGUCCAAAUUCCCGAUUUAAUCGUUUAUAUCGUGUUGAAUCAAUCGAUGAUGGUACACGUUUGUUGAUAAAUUGGUGUUUACCACCAAUCAUUGAUCAAUAUCUAACCAGUCCAAAUGAUUAUUGGGCAUCCAUAAUUGGUUACGAAGGAAAAGGAAGUCUAAUUGCAACGUUACGGGAAAAAAAUUUAGCUAUCGAAAUAUUUACCGAUAGUGAAUAUUUUUGUACUUCAAAUAAUCAAUUUUUCAUUAUAUUCAAUAUUGAUUUACAUCUAACGGAAUUGGGUUCCGCUAAUCUUGAUCAAAUUAUUGAAUAUUUAUUUGAAUUUCUAACAAUACUUCAACAAACCGGUGCACAAGAAUAUUAUUAUCAAGAAAAACAAGCAAUAUCAUUAUAUUCAUUUAAUAAAAAAUCUGAAUAUGAUUCGGUAUCGAAUUCAAUUGAAUUGGCUAAAAAUUUACUUUAUUUACCAUUGGAACAUGUUUUUACUGGAACCACUUUAUUCUAUCAUUAUAACGAUAAAAUUAUCAAUAAUUUUGGUCAACAAUUAACAAUCGAUAAGGCAAAUUUUAUUAUUUUGAAUAGAAAACUUGAAGAAAAUUUCGAAAUAAACAUUGAACCAUGGAUGAAUAUUCGUUAUCAAAGUUUUGAUAUACCGGAAAAAUGGAUCGAUAAUGCUCGAAAAUGUAAUGGUCGAUCCGAAUAUUUUUAUUAUCCAAAACAAAAUCGAUUUUUAGCUAAAAAUUUUGAUAUUUUAGCCAAUACAUUACCGGUUGAUUGUGCGGAAAGAAAACAAGGUGAUUAUCCGACCAAGAUUAUCGAUGAAAAUCGUAUGUCAGUUUGGUAUAAAUGUGAUUUUAAUUAUCGUCUACCAAACGCUUCGUUCAAUAUUCAUAUUCUUAGUCCAUUCAAUGAAAAUUGUUUAGAAAAUGUUGCCUACAAUGUUGUACUACAAGAAUAUUUAACCAUUGUUUUACAAGAAGAUACAUAUGAUGCAUAUGAAGCACGUUUAAAAUGGCAAUUAGCCAGAACAUGUUAUGGAUUAACAUUAGGUGCACGUGGUUUUAAUGAAAAAUUAGCCGAAUUAGUAUUGAUUGUUAUGGAACGUUUUUUAGCUAUUGAUUUUUCGGAAAAUCUUUUAUGUUCAAUUAAAAAUGAUAUUAUUAAAGAAUAUCGUAAUAAAAAUCGUGAAUCACAAACAAUUUGUCAGGAUAUUUUUGCUUCGAUCUUAAUGGAAAGACAUUUUACCUAUGUAGAUCUUAUUGAAAAAAUUCAAACAAUAAAUGUUGAAAAUUUAAAAGAAUAUAAUGAAAAAUUUUUAACAAAUAUUUCAUUUGAAAUUCUUGUUCAAGGCAAUAUUAGUAUCAAAGAAACAAUCGAUUUUAUCAAACGACUCAAAUCAAUGUUUAUCAAUAAUUCAAAUUAUAAACAAAUUGAUCCACCAUUAGAACGAAUUAAACAACGUGUAUUACAAUUAAAAUCCUCGGGUGAUAUUGAAAAUCGUUUACGUUUAUUAACAUUUGCCGAUACAACACGUAUGUCACAUUUAGAAUUAUAUCAACAAUUAGGAACAUUUGAUUUACGUACAAAAUGUUAUCAAUCAUUAUUUUGUGAAAUGAUUAAUGAACAAUGUUUUCAUAUUCUUCGAACACGUGAAGGAUUUGGCUACACUGUUGGAUGUUGUAGCCAAAAUAUGUUCAAUGUUCUUGGUUUCAGUAUAUUUGUUGCAUUCGAUUCGGAUAAUUUUGAUUGUUCAUCACUUUAUAAACGUAUCAAAAAUUUUCUUGAAAUUGAUUGUCAAAAAUAUAUUUAUCAAACAUUGGAUGAUGAGAAAUUUCGAGAAUUUGUUCAAGCUUUAAUAACCGAAAAACUGGCACCAUAUCUGAAUUUGGAUGAUGAAACAAUGAAAAAUUGGACCGAAAUUGUUACAUAUGAUUAUUGUUUUGAUCGUGCAAAAAAAGAAGCCACACAAUUACAAAUGGCUACAUUACAAGAUUUUCGCCAAUGGUCGGAUGAAUUUAUAUUUUUACCAUGGAAUCAAAGAAAAUUACUUAGUAUUGAGGUUGUUGGAAAUGGAUGCAAAGCAUUGGAUGAAUGUUUAACAUUGGAUGAUAAUAAUAAUCAGCCGGUUACUAGUGAAUGUAUUUGUAAAAAUGAUCAAACACAAAUCAUACGAUUAUUACAAUCAAAAUGCAAAGAUGAUAAAUUCAUUGUUAAUAUUGAUAAUUUUCGUAAAAGUUUACCAUUCUAUCCAAUACAGCCAUCGUUGAAAGAUUUAAUUUGAUUGUAUAUGGAAUUUUGAAUUGAAUAAAAUGCAUUUUAAAGUAAAUGAAUAAAUAAUUAUUGAUUAUUAA